GAGUGCGUGUCUUGUUGCGCUUUAUUUUGCCGCUUCGUCGUGAUACCGGGCGAUGCCAAACAACAAAAGCAUUUCGCAUGUGCUCGUGUUUUGAUGAAAUAAAUGGUGUUUAGUGUAUUGUAAUAAAUUAAUACGGUGAUGUUGAGAUAAAGUGGUGGAACAGCGGCGCCAUGGGCAAUUCGUGUAGCUCUGGGCAGGCUCAUAAGGAUAAGGAUAAUGUUUCGCAGCAGUCGGAAGAACCGAACUGCUGCGCCCGCAGGUCCCCGCCGUACCGCGUCACCAAGCCGUCGUUCGACGCUGCGGCGGAGCCUGCGCAGGAGUUGCUCGAGCCAGCCCCCUCCUUUAAGGACAAGAAGCCGCAACUUAAAGGGCCUAGAGCACAGAUUGGAUCCAGCGUCUCUGAUUCCAUCUCGCUAUCAUCACCGCAAGCAUGUGCGUCACCACGCGAGGAGGUGGUAGGUGUGGGCCCUCCUAUGCCGGCGAAUGUGUCGGCUCUCUCGGAGGAGCAUAGGGCAUACCUGCUGGGCAAGAGCAAUGGCCAGCGAGCCAGGAAGCGGAGGGCCAUGCUGAUAUAUGUGUGUGCGGCGGAUUCGCAGGAUUGUUGCGCAGAAAAGGGCGCGUUGCACUGUGGCGUAGCAGCGCGGCUCCGCCUGCGCGCACGCAAGCGCGGCUGGCGCGUGCACGUUGCGGAUCUGCACUGGCGAUCACCGCUCGAACAACAGCGGGAUCAUCGCUUUCCUGUGCUCUGUAUAUCGGAACUUGCACGUCAAUCAGAACUAGGUGCAGUAGUACCAGUGUUGUUUUUGAACUCUAAUCUCGGAACUCCAUUGCUACCUCAUACAUUGGAAUGUGCGGACUUCAAGGCAGCAUUGGAGGCCGCUGAUGAUGAAAAUGAUAGGAGCUUAUUGAAUAAAUGGUACACGCUAGACAGCAGCACGACGCCGCCGUGCUACCGGCUGGUGCGCGGCGCGCCGGCCCGCUGGCGCCGCGAGAUGGCGCGCGCGCUCAACGUGCUCGUGCGCACGCUGCCGCAGGAGGCGUGCGACGCGUACCUCACCACCGUGCUGGAGCAGGAAGUACAACACACAGUGCUGAUGAGCUCCGAAACAGCUCGCCGCUGUGUGUGGGUGUGUCGGUCUGGAGUAGCUGACGCUCCGCAAGGCUCUGAUGAGCAGCUGAGAGAACUGCAGCGACGACUGGCUAACUUGCAGCGGGAUUUGAAGCUAUACCUAAGCGAACGCAACGUAAUCCGAGCAAGCGUGCGCGGUCGAGCACAUACAGCUGGCGACGAAGAGUAUACCGCUGGUGUUCGAGCCGCGCUCGGCGAGCGGCUCGACGCACUGCUCGACGCGCUUGUGGCUGAUGGGGACGGGCCUGCCGGGUAUUGUGGGAUACCGGCUAGUUUAUUCGAGGAGAUAUCGGAACAUUUAUUAUUCUGUCAGAAAGCAACACAAUGCACAUCGAACAGAGAAAUUACUUUGAACGAGCUGAAAACCUACGUCCAAAGCGACAGUAAAGUCCCUCUAGUGGUUAUAGGAGGUACCGGUUGUGGAAAGGCAACUUUAUUGGCAAGAGCGGCUGCGCUUGCGCACACUUGGUUGGACGAUCUGACGCUGGUUGUUCGGUUCGUCGGUCUCACAUCGCAAUCUAGCACUUCCCAUCAGCUGUUGAAGUCUAUAGUUGAUCAGCUGCAUGUUCUGCAUACUGGCACCGUGUAUCGGGGCAAAAAUGAGGCGGGAUCCCUCUCAAUAACACUACACCGGCUGCUAGACGCACUAUCCCGCACCCGGGCGGUGCUGGUGUGCGUGGGCGGAGCGGACGCGCUGCGCGGAGUGCGCUGGCUGCCGGAGCGCUUGCCCAGCGGCGUGAAGAUGAUCGUCACGGUCACCGAGGAAAAAGACGAGCCAUCAAGUUCGGCAAUAAUGGCAGUAUUAUCGUCUGAAGACGGGCCGAAAGUAGUACGAGCGCCGCCUGUUGGUGCGGAAGAAGCUAAAGCAGUACUAACAGCAUGUGCAGCCACGUAUAGUAAGACUGGUGCUGCUUCACCACCAGAGGCUGCUGUGAAGGCAGUACAAAAGUGUACUCUACCACUGUACUGUAAGAUCUUAGCAUGGCAGAUAUCACUAUCAGCGGAAACAUUCACAGAACAGUCAGAGCCAGAAACCACACCCGAAUUAGUUAUAUGCGAUGAAUUAGAAGCUCAAUUGGAACAAAUUCUCAUUGCAACUGAAGCAGCAUUAGGCGCUGAGAAGGUUAAAGCCUGUUUGUCUUUACUAACUGCGUCUAGACGGGGCUUGGAUGAUACGGAAAUCCUGGAUAUGUUAGCUCAUGAUGACCUGUUUAGGAGCGAAGAGACAUAUUUACCAUGGGCUCCCGCUGCGUUGCUCUGGCCGCAAGUGAGCGCGUUACUAGCCCCAUGGUUACGCUGGGACGCACGUGGGGCCGCUCGCUGGCGGGACGCCGCGCUGGCCGCCGCGGCCGCCGAGCGCUACCUGAGCGACGGGCACCAGGCGCGCCGCACGCUGGCCGAGUACUACGAGGGAGUUUGGUACAACGACAAUGAUCCCAAAAUGUCUGGACGUCUUAUUUCGCAAGAAAACAAAUUCUCUGAUGAAUGCUACAACACAAGAAAACUAGACGAGCUUCCAUUCCAACACUAUCAUUUACUAAAAGAAGAUCCAGAGGCAUUCGCAAACAAGCCAUAUUUCACAAAACUAGACUGGGUCCACGACAAACUAGCGGCCACAGACUGCGGACAUUUUUUAGAAGACAUAGGCCUUGUACAUAUCGACCCUUUACCCGAACACCUUGAAAUACUCAAGGAAGUCUUCGAAACGCACUCGUACGCGCUAGACUACGACCAUAGACAAUUCUACGGCCUCCUCCGAGCUACCAUAGAGCGGCGUCAAAGAGAAGGCAUAGACAUCCACAGUGAUAUAGUUCGGGAAUGGAUGAGGCAGAUUUUCGACCCACCCGUACCUACGUUUUAUCCAAUGAACGAUGAUUUCUGGAAAAUCAUGGAGAAUAGAGAAAAGCGUGAUUUCUCUAUGGUCGAGGGUUUUGAUACUAAGCCGUACGAUUUGAUUGUUAGAUUUGAUACUAGGGGCAAAUUUAUUGCUACUGUUUCUACGGAGAGGGAGGAAAUUUGCGUUUGGGAUGUUACAAGGUGUAAGUUAGUACGAAAGAUAGUAGGAGUGACGCAUCCUAUAAACUUAGUGCCAAUAGACGAGUACCGGUGCGUUGUCUUGUGCAGACGUGAACUGAGAGUGUAUGAUUUAGACCAGGGUAAAUUCGUAGUAGCACUGAAAGGUGUGAUGAACCAAAAAAUGCCGUACUACGGUCUACACGACUCGAAGCAUUUAGUCGCUCUGUCUAGGAAUAGGAUGUAUGUGAAUCUUAUGAAUAUUGAAACAGGUGAUUGUGUGACGACGUUCAAAGCUGGUGAAGAUAGAUUUUUAAAUUCAUUGUUGGUAUCAGGAGAUGGAAGAGUUUUGGUGUGUGGAGAUGAAACACAAAAGCCGUUCCCGUUGUUAGUAUGGUCGCUCACAUCUCGGAAACUGUUAUACGAUCUUAGGAUACCGCAUCAUGAUUUCGUUACGUCUAAAGCGGCUAUUACGUAUGAAGGUUCAUACGUAUGCGUAGUAUCCCGUGAGCUAGACGAGCCAAGUCCAAACUUCAUAGUAGUGUACGACUUACAAUCUGGGACCUUAUUCAAGAAAUGGAAGCCAGGUUGCGAUACUGUGGCACUUGCUAUAAGUUCAGUGGAUGGGUGUGUGGUGUCCUCGCUCGCUGAUACCAGGAUAUUGGUCUGGGAUUUGGUUACUGGUAAUUGCCGUCUAUCUCUAAGCGGUCACGUAUCCGCGGCUACGCAGUUACGGCUCGGACGUUCGGGAGCAUUGUUACUCUCAGCUGAUCUAUCUGCUACUGAUUUAUCUGUGCGACUGUGGGAUUUGGCUGCUGGUAAACUAAUAGCAGUAUACACACCACCAGAACGCAUUACCUCCUGCGAGAUCCUCCUAGGCGGGUCCAUUCUUGCUCUAGCCAUGGAGAACUAUAAGGAAAUAGUCUGCGUCAAACUCUAUGGUCCGACCAUAGACUCUGUGAAACAUGGCCGCGAUCUAGAGUACGAUGACGAUGUCUAUGGUCACAUAGAGUAUGAAGGGAAGACGUUUGAAGUCAAAGAGACAUGAUCGCUGGCGAUCGAGUUAUGAUAUCUAGCAAUAAUCUGAGGCUAUUGAAUGGGGGUUGAGGCUGUGCUGAUAAUUUUUUUUCGUGAUUUUUAUGACUUUUGUUUUUUUUUGCUGAUCUAAUAUGAAUGUGAAUGUUAUAAACAGUUAGUGUAAAAACAUUUUUUUUGUAAUCAGUUACUCUUUUAUAUUUUGAUACCCUUACACUACGAAUGUAGAAUAAUAAUUUUUUUUUUAAUUUGUUUAAAAAAACCGUCGAUAAAAAAACAAAGAAAAAUCGUAUAAACUCAUCAACAUCAGCCUCAAUUAUUCAUUCAUGGUAAAGAUGCAUUUUAUAUUUUAUUUGUGUAUUGGGUGCAGGUCACUGAUGUUAUUUAAAUUUGUAUACUUGUGGCACAAACAACGUAGGUAUAAAGAAAUAUUGUAAAUUAUAUCAUCUCAAUAGUUGUGUGUAUGUUUUUCAAUUAAAAAAUCUUAUUUUUUAUAAUUGUAACUGCUGCAGAAGCUUAACAAUAUUAAUAAAAAUGUAUAAUGCAAGUUAAAACGUAACUUGUAAAAUCAUUACUGUCAACAUUACAUCAUAGUAAAAAUUCGAUGAUAACGCACUAACUACCUUUAUGCGUGAAAUAUCAUUUGACAAUAGUCUACACAACAUAUCGGUCAGCUAUAAAAAAACAUUUUUUUUUUUUUCAAAUAUAUAUGACAAAUCGACUGUUACCUCAAUUUAUUAUUCAUUUGCUACGAUCUAACCCAAAACAAAACUCUCGCUUAUUGAGAUAGAGGUUUAUUAAUUGAUUAAAAAUUAACAAUAUUUCUUUAUACUGUUCGAAUAAAUAAACCGAAGCACAACUCUUACAAACAUGAAUAUCCACAUAACCUCUAGUCAGCCAUUUGUUUGUUUUAAAAUUCUGUCGUAAAAAGAAAAAAUUUACAAAAAAGAUAAAAAAAGACAUUCGCAAAGUUACAAUAAAAUUUAUGUUUUCAUAAUGUUAAAUCACAAAAAAAAUCAAAAUAUGUUGAGCAUCUCGACCUUGACAAAAAUCUGUAGAGUUGAAUAUGAAUUCAUAUAUUAUAUAUAUUUAUUUUUGUGUUCGUAAUUAAAAAAAGAGCGUGUGUGUAUAAGAAGUGAAAAUUCAUUGGCAAAAUUCAAAGUUACCAAAAACGUUGCCCUACUCUAUGACAUGAUGGUAUUACCAUGACGCGACCUUGAAAUUUUACUCUCAACGCGCCGAAAGAAGUUUCACUAUAAAAGGCUACGGCAAAUAUGUUCAAUUGAUUUUGCACAAAUAUUGCAAGCCUUUUACGACAGAAUUAUUUCUUUUUAUGUUCAAAUUCUCAAAAUGCCAUAAAUAGUUAUGAAACGUUUGCUCAAUUUAUUUUCAAGUAACGCAGGUUCGUUUAGCUAUUUUAUUAUACAUAUUAGAUAUUCAUAUUUAUUUUUUAUAUUACGCAAAAAUGCGUAGAAAUUAUAAAAAAAUAAUUUAUAAUUUUGUUUGUGACCUCCAUGUUGUUUUAUUCACGACAGCGUUUAUACUGCCACGUAUCCCUUAUGAAUAAGAAUAAAAAAUGCCCAAAAAAAAAACUUAAUGUUUGAUCUAUUACGCUUAUUAAUUACAUUAAUAUAGUAAUAAUUAUAAUAAAACCUCUAUUUGUAAUGUUAAUGUUUAGAUGUAACUGUUAUUAGACAUUUUCUGUGUUUUAACAUUUUUUGUGCACAUUGGUCUGUUUAGUGAAAACUUUGAGAUUCACUGACAAAUAAUUUUAAAUGUGGCAACACUAUCAAUGGUUUUAAUUAUCUAUACCGUAUUGCGAUCGCACAUCUUAGUUUAACGACAUACAAAAAGCAAAUUUAAGGAAAUAAUAUUAAAAUUGAAUUUAUUUGUUAUUAGAGCCAGCGAGCACGAGCAACAUUAUCUCCGCAACUAUUUUGUCUCUCCCAUCAACUGUAUGGGGAGUUGCGUCGCUACGUGCGCGCACUUUCUUACUAGCCCAUGGGUGGGAGAGACAAAAUAGUUGCGGAGACAAAGUUGCUCGUGCGCGCUACCUCUAAUUAAUGAUAUAAUUAUUUACAAUAGUUUACAAUUAUAUAAAUGACAUUCGAACCUAUAAAAAUGGCAGACUUUUUUGUUGUUUUUUUAUUCUGUCAGAGAAUCUCAAACUUUUUACCAACAAUUUGCCCAAGGUUUUGAUUUUAAAAAUAAUUAAUGCACAAAGGAUCGUCAUAUUCAAUACAUCACAUGUUUUUGUUAACAUGCGUUUUUUUUAUUUUAAUAUACUUAACUAGUAGGUAUUAAAAUUAUCUUACGAUUUGGCUAAUAACUGUAACUUAUUUCUAGAGUGCCCUUAUUCUUUAUCUAGCAUACUAUAAUUACAAAAUUCCAUAGGCUCCAUGAAUUACAAUUUCCGAUUAGAUACUAUUAAACCUUUUUACCAUUAAAAAAAAUUGUUAAGAUAUUUUAUAGAUUACCUAAUUAUUUUUUUAAUAAGAUACAGUAAAAUCUGUUACAAUACCUAGUACCUAUAUGCUUUUAACAUACAACUGUACAAGUUUAUUAUAUAGCCACUUAUAAAUAUAGAAAACAUUAAAUAAAAUAAGUCGGGUUUUCCUUCCUAACGCUAUAAACUCCUGAAUGCACGAACCGAUUUCCACGGUUUUACACUCGUUGGAAAGGUCUCUGGCUCCGUGAGAGCAAAGAAAAUUCAAGAAACACUUCAACAGAAAACCGAGAAAAUCAUUUUUCACAUACAGAGCCUUGUCAUUUCGUUUGGUGUUUAAACUAUGAAGGUGGUAUGGUUUUUUUUUUCAUGCUCCUAUGGAAUUAGUAAUUAUUCGUCUCGUACCUUUGCUUAGCUCUUGACAAACACCCGCAUAACUUUUGCGAAUAAAUCUCGUUGUUUUUUAAAUGUUUUCGUCUAUGUAUUUGUAAUUACGACUUGACCAAAGCAAUCUAUCUAUGUAUAUCUAGCUGUAAUAUAACUAUCUACUAAUCUUAAUAUUAAACUAAUUGAAUAAUAAACUUUCCUUACGAAAAUAUCGUGUAAGAAAACAAUGUUAAUAUUUAAUACAAAUGAAAUUAAUUAACUUUUGUGUGACCCAAUUAAAAGGUUUUGGAAAUCCAUACUAAUUAAGCAUACUUUUAACGCAAUUAUUUAAAAGAAACAAAAUAAUAUGAUUAGCUUUUCUUGAGUGUCCCCCCAUGCACAAUUUUAAAAUUACCAAUUCCCAUCAACAAUUCGUUAAAAUAUUGAACAAAUGUAUAAACUCUAUUUUGUCUAUGGUUUCCCGUUUCUUAUAACUUAGUCCAUAUAUAUUACAAAAUAUGCGCUUAACCUUGCGGAGAGAAGCGCUCGCUUCCGCAUUUUACUCUUUUCUAAUACUGUAUUAAAUAUUUUUAGUUGUAGUUGUCAACAGGCUGGUCCCUGUUCUACCUACCUGAUAUUCUUUAUAUUUUAGGAAAUAAUUCCGGUUGUAGAUGUGUAAGAGUUUUAACGAGUCGAUUCGUUGGCCCGUAAUUGCUGUAUGAAUUGUAAUCAAAUGAAUUGUUACCAUUAUUUAUUAUCUCUGGAAAGAUACAUAAUUAUUGAUGUCCAGAUUAAAUUAUCGUUAAUUGUG